ACAUCGAGGUUUGUUUGGAGGAGCACACGUGUGGCCUUGUCGGUGUCAUCCCGGAAUUACAAACAAAUAAAUCAACAACAUCAAUACAUCAACAAAAGCCACUUUGCUGGAUUAUGAGCACGACAGACCAAUCGACAUAGCCACCAUGCAGCGAACACGCUCUACCCACUCUAUACACCGUCCGCUGUCGCGCGCCUCGACGCAGAGCGCCCACUCUCCCGCUCCCGACAUGCUGCACCAACAACAAUACAUGAAUCACCACAACCCCGAGUCAAUGCUACUACACUAUGCUCAAGGCUCGGCGCCGCACAUGGACGCUCAGAUGAUGCAGCGCACCUUCCAACAACAACACAUUCCCAUGGACCAGUUCACCGCGCAAGCUCAGCAGUUCGCGACUCAAGAUGGCUCGUACAUGUUCCAACCUGCCGAGUAUGCCGUCCCUAUGGGCCUUGCCGCAUUUCCUCAACUCAGUGGUCAUGAACCAGAGGACCGUCGCCGUAAAGGAUCAUCGGCCACUGCUACCAACGACAAGGAGUUGCGCGAGUUGCUGUGCAAGAAUGAAGCGCGUUCACUGCCCGAGGUCGCGCAAGAGGUCAUCGCAAAGGAGCGCACACCUCAGGCAGAAAAGACAAAACAGCUUUUCGCCAUGCUCUGGCUGCGCAAAGUUUGCAAAGCGGCCAAAACGUCAGUGCCGCGCAACCGUGUCUACUCACAUUACGCUACACGUUGCGGUACAGAACGCGUGGUGCCUCUUAACCCAGCAUCCUUUGGCAAACUGGUACGAGUCAUCUUCCCGGGUAUCCAAACUAGACGACUUGGUGUCCGUGGCGAGUCCAAGUACCACUAUGUCGACUUGUGUCUUGUCGACGACAACUCGGACUCGCAGCUCACUCUCCAACGCUCAAACUCGAAUUCAUUACAUCCCGAUGCCGCAGACAUGCGCCGUAGUGCCUCGACAAAUCCUCACCUCGACUUCAGCCAGGUACCACGCCUGCCUGCUGAUGCCGCCGCCUUCCCAACCCACGGCCUUGACGGCACAAAUAGCAGCGAUGGCUCAGCCGAGUCACAACCUUCACCGCAGAUCGAGCCUCGUGGCCCUCCUUCGACAGCACGCUUGUUUGCUUAUCCUGAUACGCGUGGCAUGGUGGCCGACAACGACUGUUCCAUCAUGUAUGACCAGAACUUGCGCUUCCCUGCGAAAGAAGAAGCGCCUUUCCAAGAGAAUGACACAAUAGUACUGCCCAACAUCCUGCCCUUCUGCCCUGUCAAGACAGACCCCGACACAGCCGAAGCUCUCACAGCUCUCUAUAGAACGCACUGCACGUCGUUGAUCGACUGCAUCCGCUUCUGCAAAGAGAAGCAGUUCUUCCGUCUCUUCACAUCCUUCCACGGCACAUUGACCGUGCCAGUGCAGAAGUUGCUGGCCAAUCCUGCUCUCGCGCCCUGGAUUCAGGCUUGUGAUACGCUGAUGUACCAGAAGAUGGUCCGUUUCGUCUCUCGCCUCACCCUGCAAGCUGCACCACCAGUCGUCAUCAACAUCCUCAACAACAUCUCCACCAACCUGCACGCCCAUAUCUCAAAGACGUUUGCUUCACACCCUACCCAUGUUCUGCAAGCCAAGCUCAAACCCGCCGCAACCUUUGCCAGCCUUCUGCAUCGCCUGAUUCGUGUCAACGCCGCCGCUCAUGCUGCCGCGAACCUUCUCACCGUCGACCAAAACCGUGAGCAGAUGUGGCGCGAGUGGGUGACCAUGGUCAACCCAAAGCGUGUCAUGGAAGCCGAGCUUCCUGCUUGUGGCUACGAAGAGGUCUACAAGAUCAUGACGUGCGACAUCAGAGGUCUCCUGGAACCCCUUAGCUCUCCUCCGUUCCCCGACAAUCCGCUAUUCGCUCAUGACAACCAAGCCUACGGUUAUGCGCAGGCCAACUUCCCGACCUUCCAGCAACCGCCACCGCAGACUACUGAUCAGUCAGGACAAGUCUCGACUGAGAACGUCCUUGACAGAUGGUCUGUCUUCCUUACCUCUCUCCCUUCGCGCUUCCCUCAGGCCAACACGAGACUCUUGCUGCACUGCAUUAGUGCUGUGGGAACUGCAGCCUUAAGAGACAUCACCAUCAUGGGAGGAGCAAGUUAUCAAACCUGGUGGGUCAUGAAGAUCUUUGUCGAUGAGAUGGCUUUGUGGUUGGCCGCCAUGGGCGGCUUCCUCGAACACAACCCCGUUCAUGCAGCACCUGCUGCUUCUGCUGCGCACGUGUCUCCUGACGUCAAGCCGCUCGACUCCAGUGCGAGUAUGCGAAGUGGCAGUGACAGCAGAAUGAGCAGCAUGGAGGUUGACUUCAAGAUACAGCCGCAUUCUCGGCCAGCCAGUGCUCAAAUGACGCGUGCUCAUUCCACACAAUCUAUGCACACCUACAAUGCUUCCUUCGACAUGGGUGGCCAGCCGAUGCAGCUGUCGCAAUCGCAACAGCUUCCAUCCCAACCACACCAGCAGUUCGCAAUGCCGCAUCCACGCCAGUCCUUACCCUCUCAGCACAUGCAGAACCAAAGUCUGGAUGGAGCCGAUCUGGAUGACAGCGGCAUUGGAUUAGGCAUCACGGAUGAUGACCUGGCCAUGUCCAAGUACGGUCUCAUGAGCGGGGACAUGUCAGUCAAUGUUCUCUGA